UUUUUUUAUUUUUUUAUUUUUUUAUUUUUUUAUUUUCAUUUUCAUUUAGGACACACUAAAUUUGAGCAAGAUUUCCAAACGAAAUGUUCCCAAGCAUUUUGAAAUUCAUCAUCUUUGUAAUUAAGCAAUCAAAAAUGGAGUUCAGUCUAUAAUCUCAGAUCAACAAUCAGAAUCUCGCAAUCUCACAUCAAAAUUCCCUUUCCACUUCCCAAACUCCACUUGAUCUCCAAUAUCUUCAUGAUUUUGCAAAAAUAGGGCUUUUCCCCCCCAAUUUCCAUAAUCUUCUAUUUCACCACUCCAAUCAACAAUGAGACUUCAAUCCGAAAACCAAUCAUCUGCAAUGGCAGCAGGAGCAGGGUUUCGCGAAGCCGAAACCUUAUUUCGCGCGAAACCUGUAUCAGAGAUCCGGAACAUUGAAUCAAAUACACGUAAACAGAUCGAUGACAAGAAGGAAGAACUUAGACAAUUGAUCGGUAAUCGUUAUAGAGAUUUGAUCGAUUCAGCUGAUUCAAUUUUGUUAAUGAAAUUAUCUUGUGAGUCAAUUUCUUCCAACAUUUCAUCGAUUUCUGAUUCGAUUUUUUCUCUUUCAUCUGCUAUUAGUACUAAUUUUUCGCCGAAUCCUAACCCUAAUCGAAGUAAAAUUUAUGGCAUUGCGAGUAGGGUUAAGUAUUUGGUUGAUACACCCGAGAAUAUUUGGGGGUGUUUGGAUGAAUUCAUGUUUUUGGAAGCUAGUGCUAGGUAUGUAAGGGCUAAAUUGGUUUAUCAAGGUUUGAAUUUAGUGGGACAUGAUGGAGGAAAAAUAUUAAAGAAGAAUUUUCCUUUGUUGAAGCAUCAAUGGCAGAUUGUGGAGAGUUUUAAGGGACAAAUUUCCCAGCGUAGUCGAGAGAGGUUGUUGGUGAUGUUAGAUAAGGAGGAGAAUGAUGUUUGGAAGGUUCCACUUAGUGCAUUUGCUGAUGCUCUUGCUGGUGUUGCGAUUAUUGAUGAGUUGGAUUCUAAGCAGGCGUUUUCGUUGUUAUUGGAUUCGAGGAAGUCGUGGAUCUUGCAAAAGUUGAGUAAUUUUGAUGGUGAUAGCGUGGUCAGUGUUCUUUGUGAAGUUACAAGGAUAAUUCAGGUUACUAUUGUUCAUGUAGGGGAGAUGUUCUUGCAAGUUUUGAAUGAUAUGCCUUUAUUUUAUAAAGUGAUUUUGGAAGCUCCACCUGCUGCGCAGUUGUUUGGUGGGAUACUCAAUCCGGAUGAAGAGGUUGGAUUGUGGAAUGAGUUUAGAGAUAAGUUGGAAUCGACUAUGGUGAUGCUUGAUCGAGAGUUUAUUGCCAAGGCAUGUUCGAGUUGGCUAAGGGAAUGUGGGAGAGAGAUAGUGAAGAAGACUGAUGGGAAGUGUCUCAUUGAUGCGAUUCCUAAUGGAGCAGAACUUACUUUGACUGAGAAGAUGAUACGGGAGACUAUGGAUAAUAAAGAUGUGUUUGAAGGAAGUUUGGAGUGGUUGAAAAGCGUCUUUGGUUCUGAUAUUGAGCUUCCUUGGAGUAGGACUAGGGAACUUGUCUUGGAGGAGAAUGUGGACCUUUGGGAUGAGAUUUUUGAGGAUGCUUUUGUAUCGAGGAUGAAAAUGGUUAUUGACUCUGGAUUUGGAGAUAUGUCUAGGGAUGUAAAAGUAUCAGAGUCGAUUUGUGCUAUUGGUAGCAAUUUUGAUCAUGAAAGCGACUUUAGAGCAUAUUUGAAUAGAAGCACUGCUGAUGGUGGUGUUUGGUUUAUUGAACCAAACCUAAAAAAGGGGGGUGUUGUCUCUGCUACAAAGGCCUUACGUGAGGAAUAUGAUUUUGGCAGUUGUUUGAGUACAUAUUUUGGGCCAGAAGCUAGCCAAAUCAGAGAUGCAGUGGAUAUCUGUUGCCAUAAUGUGCUAGAGGACUUGCUAUGCUUUCUAGAAUCUCCUAAAGCUCCCUUAAGAUUGAAAGACUUGACACCUUAUUUGCAAAAUAAAUGUUAUGAAACCAUAUCCACUAUCCUGACGGAAUUAACAAAUGAACUUGACAAAUUACGGGCUGCCCUUGACAAUGUAAAUAAGGGAGACAAGGUUAUACCAACUGCUACAAUUAUUGAGAGAUCUCUUUUCAUUGGAAGGUUGUUGUUUGCCUUUCGGAAUCACUCCAAACACAUUCCAGUAGUGUUGGGCUCACCAAGUGUUUGGGUUAAUGAAACUGUGGCUUCAGGUUCGGAUGCGCUACCUUCUUUGUCGAGGUACUCCAGGCUUUCUCUGGACUCAUCAACAACGGAUAGCCAAAAGCCAUUGUCAAAUAGCUCUAAGCGACAAACAUCACUUGCUGCUACUGCUUUAUUUGGAGCAAAUGAUAGUACAAGUCCAAAACUUGAAGAACUUACAAGCAUUAUGAGAGACCUGGCUAUUGCAGCUCAUGGCUUGUGGAUCACAUGGGUUUCUGAUGAGCUUGCAAAUAUUCUCUUAGAGGAUCUUAGAGUAGAUGAUGGCUUAUCAGCUACAAAUCCUCUGCGAGGCUGGGAGGAGUUAGUUGUUAAGCAAGAUCAGUCAAGUGACAAUGAUGAUUCAGAAAUGAAAAUUUUGCUUCCAUCCAUGCCAUCUUUGUACAUUUGUUCUUUUCUAUUCAGAGCAUCUGAGGAAGUUCAUCGCAUUGGAGGUCAUGUUCUGGAUAAGACUAUCCUGCAGUGUUUUGCAAAGAAGCUGCUCGAAAAGGUGAUUGGAGUAUAUAAUGAACUUGCCACUAAUGGAGUACACAUGUCAGAAAAGGGAAUCCUACAAAUCCUGUUAGAUGUGAAAUUUGCAGCAGAUAUUCUUUCUGGAUAUGAUUCUACUUUGAACGAGGGUUUAUCAAAAAGUCCAUCUGUAAAAUUUAAUUAUAGAAGGAAGCCGGAUAGGAGCACAACCAAAUCGGCCACUAGAGAGUGUAUUGAUGAUCUAAUUAGCCGCUUUUCACAGAGGCUGGAUCCAAUUGAUUGGCAAACGUUUGAGCCAUACCUUUGGGAAAAUGAGAGGCAGUCCUAUUUAAGGCAUGCAGUGCUAUUUGGUUUCUUUGUUCAACUUAAUCGCUUGUAUACAGAUACUGUUCAGAAACUGCCAACCAAUUCAGAGUCAAAUAUAAUGAGAUGCUCUACUGUUCCUCGAUUUAAAUAUCUUCCUAUCAGUGCACCUGCAUUGUCUUCUAGAGCUGCUACCAAGACACCACUUCGAACUUCUUCUGAUGAUGUAUCAUCAAGAAGUCCUUGGAAAGCCUCAAAUGGAGAGUUUUCCCAUCAGGCUCUUUUAGAUGACAACUCAAGCUUUGGAGUGGCUGCCCCGUUUUUUAAGUCCGUCAUGCAGGUUGGGAGUAGAUUUGGAGAGGGUACAUUCAAAUUGGGGUCAAUACUAACAGAUUCACGCUUCAAAGACAAGUCGGCUACUUCCAUGUCAUUUGGUGAUAUAUUACCAGUCCAAGCUGCUGGCCUCCUCUCAUCAUUUACUGCCACCAGAUCUGAUUCAUAAUUGAUAUAUUACCAUGUGCAUUUUCUCUUAUGAAAUGAUGUGCUUUUCAUUGAAGAAAAAAAAUGUAACCCUCUAGUCUCUGGCCAAAUACGUGUAAAUUCGUGGCAUCCUAAGUUCGUGCAAGUUUAUCUGUAUCCAUCAUGAUUUGGUAACUUCCAUCGUAUAGUUGAGUGGAAGGAUUAUAUUGGGCGGACCAUCGUAAGAGUUGCAAUAACCUACUUACUGUGCAUUUUAUGCUGCAUUUUGAACUGGAUAAGUGGAUCCUUAGCUUCUUACCGGGUGUUGUAUCACGCAAAUGUCAUUGUUUAGUAUAUGAAUCCAACCAGUUCCGGUUAGUUCUUUCCCAAAUGUGUUAUUUUCUGUUUUUCAGUUGCUUUGAGUUACCGAAUCCGUGUUAAUCUACUGCUGAUGUUCUCCCUUCUCUGAACAGGUAUCUUGUACUAGUAUAUAACAAUGGUGAUUUGUGAAGGCAAUAUAUUUGUAUAAUACAUGAGAAAUAUUACUCUAUUGUAGUGUCAGAUUCAGAAGUUUUAGCUUCUUGGAAACUUGAAAUGGAACAUUUUUGAGUCAUUGUUGAAUGAUUGUACAUCGAAACGAGACAAAUAUAGUUAAGUAAUGAUUUGUUUUUCAUUUUA